AUGUGCUACCAGUUCGUCCUCUAUACUGGGUGUGGCCACGAUCGAUCUUUGCUAUACUUUCGUGCGAGAUCCCAUACCAAAGAUUGCCUUUGUCGUUCUUUCUCGCGUCUCCCACAUCGCAUAGCUGUUUGCCCAGAAUGUGAUCGAGCCCUUAGAAUUGCUCGUGGACAGCCUGUUCCACAAGACCACCUCACCGAAGAGAACCGGGCCAAGUGUCAAGCCUGGCGUGAGAUCCUUGACAACGAGGUCAAGGAUGCUGAAAACAAGAGACUCACUCGUGAGGCUCGCGAAAACGGUAAGGACGUGUCUACCGUUACCAUCGGACGGGAAGUCCAUGUAGCUGCCCGCCAUCUCAAGCAUGCCAAUGCCCACAAGCAAAGGCUUGAGAACCGAAUCAAGAACGGGAAGAAUCCUACUGGGUUUGCUCCUCCCUACGUCCCCCAGCCUGGCGAGACCUUCCUCGACCAUAUCAUCUGUGAGAUCAUCGACGACGCUAAGUCUGGCGGGGAGAUGGAGAGAUUGAAGAAAGCCUUGGAUAUCGGCUUGCAGGGAUAUGGGUGGAUCGGGCCAACCGGAGGAGAAAGUUGGUUGCAGUUGAGUGAAGAAAAGAUGAAGCUCCAUGGUGACAAGAUGGAUACUAUGACUGGGUCUCUCGGUCCAGGUUUUCUUUCCGCUACAGACUUUCCAGCUCUUCCAUCCGUUUCCGGAGCUGCUUCUAGAGCUACCUUAGGGACCGCAACCACCCCUCUUGAAACUAUUGCAGAGCACCCAGCUCUAACAGCCCAAAAAGUUGCCCCAGCUCCUUCUAAGCUCAGAUACGAUCCAUCAAAGAUAUUUGUCCCAAGUGUUCCGAUCCCUGAAAUCAUCUUCACCCCCUCGGAAUCGGCACCUGCGUCUACCAUUGGGUUGCUUACUGAGCUCCCUCCAUUGGCUAUUCUCCCUUUGCUCUUCGAAAAGUACGAGGAAGACGGCGAGGAAGUCAUUACCGACGGGUCAGGGACUGGUUCUAGCAUCCCCACGACUCCCGCUGCCGUCGAAAGCAAGAACGACCCUUACUCGAGCUCGGUAGUCAAGAUCUUGGACAUCGCUUCCCAACCGGUAUCCACUACCUCAAAAAGUCCAUCGAUCAGUGUCCCUUCAAAGACGACUACUCCUGCUCCAGAGGGCCCAUACCUCGGUGUCCCACAACCAUUACCAAAGACCAUCAUCGUUCCCUUCCGAGCCACCAGCGUCUCACCUCUUCCAAAUACGACUUUUAUCGAGAACCCUGGAUUUGUCCCACCGGCUGUGUAUAUUCCACCACCUCCACAGCCUAUCUACACAACGCCCCAAAUGGCGCGGCAAUACAACCCACCUGUACCAAUCCAAGAUCGUAGCUUUGGCCCUCCUCCCAUGGCCAAACUGCGCAGCCAGGACCACGUUGGUACUAAUAACAACAACAAUAACCACAAUAAUAGUCACAAUACGAACAACAACAACAACAACCGUUUCCAGUCGAAGCACCACUACAAUCGCUUCACUCAUAAUUACAAUCACCCUCACAAAUUUGCUGGUGGUCAUCAUAAUCACCAAUUCCAGCGCUACAAUCAAUUUGGCAACCAGGUUCGUUACCAAACGGGUCAUAACCCUCUUGUUCCGGGACCUAUGCCGCUUGGUGUUGGUGUUGGUAUCGGUCAUCAAGCCUUUAAACCGGUUACGGCUUCUCAGGUUUCUGGACCUAUUGGAGUCACUCCGACCUCUAAUACCUCUAAGGUUUAA